AUGUGCUGGUACUGGUUCCUUUUACUCAUCUUAACUUUAGCUCUGUUCACUUGCAUCCUUAGUGGCAGAGGGAGAUCCAAGUCCUCGCUUUCACGUUCUGGCAGAGCUGCAACCUUGCAUGAUGUCCAGGCUGGAAAACAGUGCACUCUUGCAGAUUUGUUACCUAGGCAGCAACCGGAUGUCAUUGACCUAGAAGCUCCUGCAGCAGGGCUGGAGGUUGAUUUUCAAGCUGCCAACAUGCUUUCACUGCUCCACAAUUCACCUUCUCCACCUCCACCUGUGCCCAUACCGCCACCACCUCCCAUAUCCGAUGCUAACGAGGACAACACCGGACAGCAGGCUCUUGGACCCACCAAAAAAUGUCCAAAGGUUGUGGUGCCAUCAGCUCCCACAGGCCCUGCAGAACCCGCCACCAAUGCUGACCCUGGGCCCUCAACCGCCAUCACCACCACUGCUACCAAGACACCAUCCCGGCUUCAAGUGCCAAGGCGGAAGCUUCAGCCUUUUCCUGAAGGCUGCAAGCAUCCGGAAGGAACUUCCGGUGAGGACAAGGGUUUCCUAGCACAGGCCAGCAGUGACAACUUCUCCAGCUGGGCUUACUUCAAGAAUCAGACAGGAACACAACGAGAUGGCAAGGUGUACUUCACAGCAACCUGCUGGCACUGUUCAUGGCAUCAGAAGAAGGAAUUCAACUUAGUCCGUUGUGCCUGGGAUCGCUCGGCCAUCACAGACCAUGAGAGGAGGGAAAAGCACAGCAAAGCCGUGACAGCUUAUAAGGAUAGGAGGGCCCAGGAGACUCAGCAGCAGCUGAUGGCAUCCAUGACUCAGAUUGGGGACGAGGCAUUGAUGGCUUUGUUUGGGGCCACCUAUACUGUCAUUGCUACUGGGAUGCCAUUCACUCACUACGAGAAGCUAUGCGAGCUCCUAGUGUUUGCCAACACCCCUAACAUCUCCACCAAGUAUGAUGAUCCUCAUGUGUUGGGGAGGUUCACGGCGUGCUUUUCCCCCCUCUUGUAG